GGCGCAAGAAGCGGUGAGCGCCAUUUUUUCCAGUCCCGGAAGAACCCUAAAAAUGCCAAUGCUGCCAAAUAUUAUAAACCUAAACCUCCGUGUUUGGCCUGGGCAGGAGAAAGCAUGCCCGCCGGCAUUUGCAGCGCGCCACUCUGGAUCCACCGCGCGGAUGCUCCAGCUGCGGCGCUUCACAUCGAUCGGCUUCUCGUCGCCAGCAGCAGCGGAUUCGAUGGCUACUCGGUGAGGCCUCGCAGGAGGCGCCAGAUUUUGAGGGUAGCAGCAGAGAGUAGAAGAGGGGAAACUAGAAGAAGCAGUGAUCUGGUGCUUGGGUAUGGAGAUGAGAUCCCGACUCAAGCUGAAGCUAUUGCUGCUGGAACCACUGUGGCAGAGCAACCGAGCUAUAAAUCGAUACCAGACUUGGACUACUUGCAAGAACUUCUCGCGAUCCAACAACAAGGGCCAAGAGCUAUCGGCUUCUUCGGAACGCGAAACAUGGGAUUCAUGCAUCAACAGCUUAUUGAGAUACUUAGUUACGCGAUGGUAAUCACGAAAAACCACAUCUACACGUCUGGAGCCUCCGGCACAAAUGCCGCGGUUAUCAGAGGAGCAUUGAGAGCCGAGAGGCCCGAGUUGCUGACGGUGAUUCUUCCCCAAAGUCUGAAGAAGCAGCCACCGGAGAGCCAAGAGCUGCUAGCAAAAGUGAAAAACGUGAUGGAGAUGCCGCACAACGAUCAUCUCCCAUUGAUUGAAGCGAGCAGAUUGUGCAAUAUGGACAUUCUUUCACACGUACAGCAGGUCAUUUGUUUUGCCUUCCAUGACAGCAGAUUACUCAUGGAAACAUGCAGCGAAGCCAAGAGUCUUCGCAAGAUUGUCACGCUAUUCUAUCUCGACUGAUGAUGACGAGAGCACGUUUUGUGGUAAACGAUCAUCAAACCAUUCGGCUGUUUGUUUAAUUGAUCGCCCUUUGUCAAAA